CACAAGCCAGUGGGUCUGAGGCCAAGAGGAGGGCCGGGUUGAAGCGCCUGAGAUGUAACGCGCCUGCGCGUGGUUCUCGCCACGCCAGCGUUACCGUGGUUACCUGGGAUCCGCCCAGCUCCGUUUCUGUCAGGCUGUUCAGCGCCUCUAGUCUGAGAGUCAGCGCCAGGGGACUUGAUAAUGUCCCUGUAUUGUGGAAUUGCUUGCAGGAGAAAAUCUUUUUGGUACUCCAGGCUGCUGUCAACCUAUGUAACUAAGACACGAUAUUUAUUUGAACUGAAGGAAGAUGAUGAUGCAUGCAAAAAAGCCCAGCAGACAGGGCUUUUUUACCUCUUUCAUAACCUGGCUCCUUUGCUUCAAAAAUCAGAACAUCAAUACCUGGUCCCCCAGCAUAGUCUAUUAGAGUUGGAAAGUCUCCUGGGUAAGUUUGGACAGGAUACAAAAAGAAUAGAAGAUUCUGUGCUGAUUGGAUGCUCUGAACAGCAUGAAGCAUGGUUUGCUCUGGACCUAGGUUUAAAUAGCAACUCUUCCAUAAAUGCUUCCUUAAAGAAACCUGAAAUAGAGACAGAACUCAAAGGAUCUUUCACUGAGCUGAGGAAAGCUCUUUUUCAGCUGAAUUGGAAGGAUGCCUCCUUGCUAUCCAUGGCUCAGGCUCUUCUUCGUUGGCAUGAUGCUCAUCAGUUCUGCGGCAGAAGUGGGCAGCCCACUAAGAAGAACAUGGCUGGCAGCAAGCGUGUGUGCCCUUCCAGUAAGAUCAUCUAUUAUCCACAGAUGGCUCCUGUGGUGAUCAUUCUGGUAUCAGAUGGGACUCGAUGCCUGCUUGCCCGCCAGAGUUCCUUUCCCAAAGGAAUGUAUUCUGCCUUGGCAGGUUUUUGUGAUAUAGGUGAAUGUCUGGAAGAGACUGUCCGGCGGGAAGUUGCAGAAGAGGUGGGAUUAGAGGUGGAAAAAUUGGAGUACUCUGCAUCCCAGCACUGGCCCUUUCCUAAUAGCUCACUCAUGGUUGGUUAUCAUGCAACUGUGAAACCAGAACAGACAGAGAUCCACGUGAACUUGAGAGAAUUAGAGGCAGCUGCCUGGUUCAGUCAUGAUGAAGUGGCUGCAGCCCUGAGGAGAACCAAUGCAUAUACUCAGCAACAGAAACAGAAUGAGACCUUCCCAUUCUGGGUGCCCCCCAAGCAAGCAAUUGCCCACCAACUGAUUAAGGAAUGGGUAGAAAAACCAACCUCUUCUACCUUAACUGCUUAGUUCAUAUCAAGUCACCUAGAUCCCUCUUCAGUAUUCUGGUGGGACAUAUCAGAGAUCAUUUGAUAAAGGGGAAGUGACAAAAGGCCACAUCCAGGACAACCUCAUAACAAGAGAGAACAAUAGGUGAACCUAAAAGAAGACACCCUCUACUAGUAAUAUUAAUGAAAGAAAUUCCUAAUUAGGAAAUAAAAAAUGCCAAUAUGAGAAGAAAAAUUGAUGAGAUGACAAGUGUCAAAAUCAGAAGGAAGGUGGAAGCACUAGUAAGACUUGGAUUUGGCAUGUGACUUGUUAAUGCUGGGUUUAUACUAAUGCCAAAAUAUGCCUGGAAUAAUUUCAGUUAAAACUUUUAUCCUAGUGGGGCCUCCCCGGUGGUGCAGCGGUUGAGCGCUGGGUUGCGAAGCUGCCCGUAGCCUCUGCAGCGCUGGUUCGAUCCCUGGCCCAUCCCCGGCUGCUUCCCGGCCACUGGAGGUGGGUCCCGCAUGGCGACAAGACCUCUCCUGCCGCCUGCUGCUCCCCCGUAGUGUACUUCGGUCCUUCUGCCUGCUCUGCUCCUGGCUCUGGCUCUGGCUCAUUCUCUCACCCUCCCGCGCUUCUGACUGUACCCAG